UCAAAGGGCGCAGACUCAAUCCCGGCCGCUUGGCGCUAGUGCGCAUGCCCAUUUCCAGCUGUUUACUCAGUCGUUGGUAGGCACCACACAAUCUACCUGGAAGGACCAGCAGAGGACACCACAGCACAGAACUCUAGCAGCCUGGUCCAAGGUCGUCAUCCUGGCAAGUAUGGUUUUCAUGAUCUGGAGGACUGAUCAGCAGAGUUGCAAGAAGAACUGGAAGAAAUUUGGCAAAAUGAUUUUGCUAUUCAUAAUUACUUCCAUACUUUGCACCAAUAGUUAUGCUUUUGAACGGCAAGGCAACUGCAAAACUCAGUGGUUUGACCGUGAUGACCCAUCAGGUAAUGGUGAUUAUGAAGAUCUUGUAAAUCUAAGAAAAGCGUAUCCUAAUCAAAUCUGCAGUAACCCGACUACUUGUGAAGUGGAGACGACAUCAGGAAUUUUAGAAUCAAGCUCCGGGGACAACAUCACUGAGUGCAGUGUUUCUUCUGGAUUUAUUUGCACAAAUAAGGACCAACAGGAUGGCAAAUGUGAAGAUUACAAAAUACGAUUUACCUGCCCUGAAUCUUUUUGCAGCUGCAAAACUCAGUGGUUUGAUCGCGAUGACCCAUCAGGCAAAGGUGAUUCUGAGGACCUUGUGAGUCUUCGUAAAGACUAUCCUGAGCAGAUCUGCAGUGACCCCAUCGCCUGCGAAGUGGAGACUACAGCAGGAGAUUCAGCUGGAAGCACUGGAGACAAUAUCCCCGAGUGCAGCAUAUUGAAUGGCUUUACUUGUAUGAAUGCAAACCAAGAAGAUGGCAACUGUAAAGAUUACAAAAUUCGAUUUAUCUGCCCUGAAUCUUUUUGCAAUUGCAAAACCCAGUGGUUUGAUCGUGAUAACCCAUCGGUAACUGGUGACUAUGAAGAUCUUGAGAAUCUGCGAAAAGAAUAUCCCAAUCAGAUUUGCAGUAAUCCGACUGCCUGUGAAGUGGAGACAACAACAGGAGUUCCAGCUUCAAACACCGACGAUAACAUCCCUGAGUGCAGCAUUUCAACUGGAUUUGCCUGUGUGAAUGCAGAGCAAGAGGAUGGGAGCUGUGAAGAUUACAGGGUACGAUUUACCUGCCCCGCGCCUUUCUGCAAGUGCAAGACCCAGUGGUUUGACCGUGAUAACCCAUCAGGCAAUGGUGAUUCUGAAGAUCUUGCCAAUCUGCUAAAAGAAUUUCCCAAGCAAAUCUGCAGUAACCCAAUAACCUGCGAAGUGGAGACAGUAUCAAGGGUUCCAGCCUCGAGCACUGGAGACAACAUUCCUGAGUGCAACGUUUCAACAGGAUUUGCCUGUGUGAAUGCAGAGCAGAAUGAUGGGAGCUGUGAAGAUUACAGAAUAAGAUUUACCUGCCCUGAGUCUUUCUGCAACUGCAAAACCCGUUGGUUUGACUACGAUAACCCAUCUGGAAAUGGUGAUUAUGAAGAUCUUGUGAAUCUCCGAAAACUAUAUCCUGGGCAGAUCUGCAGAAAUCCAAUAACCUGUACAGUGGAGACAACAUCAGGAAUUCUAGCCUCAAGCACUGGAGACAGCAUCCCUCAAUGCAGCACAUCUACAGGCUUUAUCUGUGUGAAUGCUGAACAAAAUGAUGGAAGCUGUGAAGAUUAUAGAAUACAAUUUACCUGCCCACCAUCUUUUUGCAGCUGCAAAACCCAAUGGUUUGAUCGGGAUGACCCUUCGGGCACAGGCGACGCUGAAGAUCUUGUGAGUCUACGAAAAGAAUUUCCUAAUCUGAUAUGCAGUAACCUGAUUGCCUGCGAAGUGGAGACAACAGCAGGAGUUCCUGUCUCUGGCUCUGGAGACAAUAUCCCUGAAUGCAGCAUUUCUACUGGCUUCAGUUGUGUAAAUGCAGAGCAAGAAGAUGGGACCUGUGAGGAUUACAGAAUACGAUUUAUUUGCUCUGAGUCUUUUUGCAACUGCAAAACUCAGUGGUUUGAUCGUGAUGAUCCAUCAGGCAAUGGUGAUUUUGAAGAUUUUGUGACUCUACAAAAAGAAUAUCCUGAUCAGAUCUGCAGUAAGCCAACUGCCUGUGAGGUGGAGACAACAUCAGGAAUUUUAAUCAUGAGCACUGGAGACUACAUUGCUGAUUGCAGCAUUUCCAAUGGGUUUUCUUGUGUCAAUAAAGAGCAAGAAGAUGGGAGCUGUGAAGAUUACAAAAUUCGAUUUACCUGCCCUGAAGCUUUUUGCAACUGCAAAACUGAGUGGUUUAAUCGCGAUAACCCAUCUGGAAAUGGGGACUAUGAAAAUCUUGUGAAUCUGCGGAAGGAAUAUUCUGAUCAGAUCUGCAGUAACCCAAUUGCUUGUGAAGUGGAGACAACAUCAGGGGCCCCAGCCUCAAGCACUGGAGAUAUUAUUCCUGAAUGUAGCAUUACAGCUGGAUUCACUUGUGUGAAUAAAGAUCAACCUGAUGGCAGCUGUGAAGAUUACAGAAUACGGUUUACCUGUGCUCAAUCUUUCUGCAACUGCAAAACCCCGUGGUUUGACCGUGAUAACCCCUCAGGCAAAGGCGAUUAUGAAGAUCUUAUGAACCUCCGAAAGCAACAUUCUGACCAGAUAUGCAGUAAUCCAAGUGCCUGUGAAGUAGAGACAGUAUCAGGCGUUCCAACCUCAGAAACUGGAGACAACAUCCCUGAGUGCAGUAUUUUUACUGGAUUUACCUGUGUAAAUGAAGACCAAAAAGAUGGGAGCUGUGAAGAUUACAAAGUCCGAUUUAUCUGUCCUGAAUCUUAUUGCAACUGCAAAACCCAGUGGUUUGAUCAUGAUAAUCCGUCAGGAAAUGGAGACUAUGAAGAUCUUGUGAAUCUGCGAAAUGAGAAUCCUGAUCAGAUCUGCAGCAACCCAUUUGCAUGUGAAGUGGAGACAGUAUCAGGAGUUCCAGCCUCUGAAACCGGAGACAACAUCCCUGAGUGCAGCAUUUCUUCUGGAUUUGCUUGUGUGAAUGCAGAGCAAGAAGAUGGCAGCUGUGAAAAUUACAGGAUAAGAUUUGUCUGCCCUGAAGCAUUUUGCAACAACAACUGUAAGACCCAGUGGUUUGAUCGGGAUAAUCCAUCAGGCAAUGGGGAUUACGAAGAUCUAGUAAAUCUCCGAAAAGAACAACCUGGUAAGAUCUGCACUAACCCGAUUUCAUGUGAAGUGGAGACAACAUCAGGUGUUCCAGCUUCAAGCACUGGAGAUAACAUCCCUGAAUGCAAUAUUUCUUCUGGCUUUGUUUGUGUGAAUAAAGAACAAGAUGAUGGGACAUGUGAGGAUUACAAGAUACGAUUUUUUUGUCCUGAAUCUUUUUGCAGCUGCAAAACUGAGUGGUUUGAUCGUGAUAAUCCAUCAGGAAAUGGUGAUUAUGAAGAUCUUGUGAAUCUGCAAAAAGAAUAUCCUGCUCAAAUCUGCAGUAAGCCGACUGCCUGUGAAGUGGAGACGACAUCAGGAGUUCCAGCCUCCGAAACUGGAGACAAUAUCCCUGAGUGUAGUGUUUCUAGUGGAUUUGCCUGUGUGAAUGCAGAGCAGGAUAAUAGGAGCUGUGAGGAUUACAGAAUACGAUUCACCUGCCCUGAGUCGUUUUGCAGCUGCAAAACUGAGUGGUUUGAUCGUGAUAAUCCAUCAGGAAAUGGUGAUUAUGAAGAUCUUGUGAAUCUGCAAAAAGAAUAUCCCGCUCAAAUCUGCAGUAAGCCGACUGCCUGUGAAGUGGAGACGACAUCAGGAGUUCCAGCCUCCGAAACUGGAGACAAUAUCCCUGAGUGUAGUGUUUCUAGUGGAUUUGCCUGUGUGAAUGCAGAGCAGGAUAAUAGAAGCUGUGAAGAUUACAGAAUACGAUUCACCUGCCCUGAGUCUUUUUGUAGUUGCAAAACGGAAUGGCUUAAUCGUGAUAACCCAUCAGGCAAUGGGGAUUAUGAAGAUUUUGCAAGUCUCCGGAAAGAAUAUCCUGAGCAGAUCUGCACUAAUCCAGUUGCCUGUGAAGUGGAGACAAUAUCAGGAUUUCCAGCAUCAAGCAGUGGAGACAACAUUGCCCCCUGCAGCAUUUCUACUGGAUUUGUUUGUCUGAACAAGGACCAAGCGGAUGGGAGCUGUGAAGAUUACAGAAUUCGGUUUACCUGCCCUGAAUCUUUUUGCAACUGCAAAACCCGCUGGUUUAAUAGAGAUGACCCAUUGGGCAAAGGUGAUUAUGAAAAUCUGGUGAAUCUCCGAAAACAAUUUCCUGGUCAGAUCUGCAGAAAUCCGAUUGCCUGUGAGGUGGAAACAACAUCAGGAGUUCCAGCUUCAAGCACUGGAGACAACAUCCCUGAGUGCAGCGUAACUGAUGGCUUUGUUUGUGUAAAUCAAGAACAAGAAGAUGGGAGCUGUGAAGAUUACAGGAUACGAUUUACCUGUCGUGAAUCAUUUUGUAGUUGCAAAACUCAGUGGUUUGACCGUGAUGACCCUUCAGGAAAAGGUGAUUUUGAAGACCUUGCAAAUCUCAAGAAAGAAUAUCCUGAGCAAAUCUGCAGUGUUCCGACUGCCUGUGAAGUGGAGACAACAUCAGGAAUCCCAGCCUCCAGCACUGGAGACAAUAUCCCCCUAUGCAGCAUUGAAUCUGGAUUUACUUGUGCGAACGAAGACCAGGAUGAUGGGAGCUGUGAAGAUUACAGAAUACGUUUUAACUGCCCUGAGAUUUUUUGCAGCUGUGUGACCCAGUGGUUUGAUCAUGAUGACCCCUCAGGGAGAGGAGAUUUUGAAGUUUUGCAGAAUCUCCAGAAAGAAUAUCCUGAUCAGAUCUGCAGUACACCAACAGCCUGUGAAGUGGAGACAAUAUCAGGAAUCCCAGCAUCAAACUCUGAAGACAACAUUCAACAGUGUAGCAUUUCAACUGGAUUUACCUGUAUCAACGCAGAGCAAAGAAAUGGCAGCUGUGAAGAUUACAGAGUACGAUUUAUCUGUCCUGAAUCCUUUUGCAGCUGCAAAACCCAGUGGUUUGAUCGAGAUGACCCUUCCGGAAAUGGGGAUUAUGAAGAUCUUGUGAAUCUUCGAAAAGAAAAUGCUGGUAAAAUCUGCAGUAAUCCGACUGCCUGCGAAGUAGAGACAACAGAAGGUGUUCCUGCCUCACGUACUGGAGACAUUGUUUCUGAGUAAAUAAUGAUACCUGCCAUCUUAUAUGGACAUCCGGAAGACAUUUGAUCAGGUUCCAUGCAAUCGACUGUUAGCAAAAAUAAAAAUACAUGAGGUUGGAGGCAACCUUUUUACACUAGUAGGGAAUUGGUUAGAAGGUAUUAGACAGUCAGUAGGGGUAAUGGAUAUAUAUUCCAGUUGUUACGAUAUGACUACUGGUGUCCCACACUGGGACUUAGUAUUUCAAUUUAUUUAUCAGUGACUUAUUUAAAGCAAUAGAAAUCAUUUUGUUCAACACCAGGUUAGCAGGCACAAUACAAAGUGUAGGUAAGGGCAGAAACUUGCAAAACGACACAACAUACUAAAUUAGUGGAAAGGUU